AUGGUAUUUGGUAGCAUAAACAACUGGAGAAACGCAAAGGUAUUCAAGCCAGCAUUCAACAACAUCUUGCCUGGUUUCAAGCCAGCCGUCGUUCUCUUUACUGCAUAUUGUGUCAUUGAAGGUUUAGCUGAUGUCAUCUCACCAAGCAAAGAUGCUCAUCACUAA